AUGGCUGAAACUAAAGCCUUCCAGCUUGAAGCAGGCUGUGCUCUCACCAUUUUCUUUGCCAUAGUCUGUUGGGUUGAUGCAGCUUCCUUCCAGCAGCAUCAGUUGCUUCAGAAAGAUCCAGACUAUGUAAUGAAAAACUUACAAAGAUUCCCAAAUCCUGAUAUGAUCAAAGCCUUGGAAUACAUAGAAGAUCUUCGCAAGCAAACUAACAAGGGAGAAAGCAGCCCUGAUUACAGCUCUUAUCAAAGUGUCCCAUAUCUCCUGCAACAGAAAGAAAGCAAAGAUCAGGUCCACCUGCCAGAGAACGUAAGGGAUUCUCUGACUGAAGAUGAGUCCCAAUGGGUCAAGGUGAUGUUGGAAGCCUUGCGGCAGGCUGAGAAAGAGUCAAAAGUUAGCCCAAAGGAGGGUAAACCUUAUGGCCUGGGUCCAGAUAACAGCUUUCCAGCUGGAGUAACUGAUGAUUAUGAGGCUUACAAAUGGCCUGAGAGGUGGCAAAAAUAUCUCAAAAUGCCUCUUGGGCGCUAUGAAGACAGCUCAAGUCCUUUCAAGCGCACUAAUGAGAUAGUGGAAGAGCAAUACACACCCCAAAGCCUUGCCACGCUGGAGUCGGUGUUUCAGGAGCUGGGGAAGAUGGCAGGACCUAGUAGCCACAAGAAAGAAAGGCUGGAUGAGGACCAGAAAUUGUAUACAGAUGAUGAAGAUGAUGUAUACAAAGUGAAUAACAUUGCCUAUGAAGAUGUGGUUGGAGGAGAAGAUUGGAAUCCCAUAGAGGAAAAAGUGGAGAGUCAAACCCAGGAAGAGAUAAAAGAUAGCAAAGAGGAAAUUGAUAAACAUGAAGAGGAGAUUGAUGAUGAAAUGAAGAGAUCAGGGAAACUCAGCUUCCUUGAGGAUGAAAUAAGAAGAGACAACAAAGAUCAAAUGUCAGAGGAUGUUUCAAAGCUAAUGAAUUAUUACCUGAAGAGGCUGAUGGGCAGUGCUGCAAGUAGGAAACUAAGGACUGGAGGAGAACUUGAAGAAAAAAGAGCACCCAUGUUUUUGGAUAAGCAACUUGAUCCUCAGUCUAUAGCUCAGCUGAUAGAAAUCUCAAGGAAUUUACAAAUUCCUCCUGAGGAUUUAAUAGACAUGCUGAAAGCUGGAGACAAAAAGCAGCUUCAGAGCGAAAGGCUGGAAGCUGAGCAGGAUGCAGAAUUCCCAGAAGACCUCGACGAGGUCACUGAAACUAAUCUAGGACAGAGCGAUAUAUUUAAAAAUAAUGUAAACUCUAAAAACGGGUACAUGAAGCAGCCUCUUAAUGUUAUUCCAGAAAAUCUACCUGAAGACCUCAAUAUUGAAGAUAUUGUCAGUCUGCUGGGAACUGACAAUUUCGCUAACCAGAAUCCCUCCUACUUGCUAAAUCGUCUUAAUCAAGAAAAUGAUUUGCCAAGAUUUUCUUACAUCCCCAGACGACUGAAAGGGCGCCCGUUUCCUAAAGCUGCCUGGAUGAAUGACUUGGAGAGGCGACAAAUGGAGUACGAGAAGCUGAACGAGAAGGACGAAGAGCUGGCUGAUUACCUGGCAAAGGUGCUGGCAAAGUAUCCCGAAGUUAUCAAUACGAACCAGAUGAAACGCAUCCCAGUUCCUGCUCCUGAAAGCGACUUGCAGGAAGAGGACCUGGAACAGGCCAUCAGGGAGCAGCUGAGCCAGCUGGGACCACAAGAGGCCGCCAAGUUGGCUUCGCUCAGCAAAAGGCUUCCCAUGGCCGGGGAGAGCGAUGACACGCAAGCCAGGCAGUACCUGGAUGAGGAUAUGCUAGCAAAGGUGCUGGAGUAUCUAAAACAGGAGAAAUCAGAGCUUGAAAGAGAUCACAUGACCAAACGGGCAAUGGAAAACAUGUAAUUGUUCCCCAAAUCUUAUUUCUCUUCAAUGUGUUGACUUCUAUCCCAAUUCAGUUGUGAUUUCUUCCUGCUCUCCCACUAAAUGACCUAUGGCAGACUACUUACCAUUGAGCAGUCCGCAUAUCUUUCUCAGAGCUGUUACAUUGUUUAUUGAUAUACUUAUAUAUGUUAUCAAUUACAGGGCAAAUAACAAAUUGCUUCAAGUGUUUUAAGAAAGAAUUCAAUGAAAUCAAGUAAAACUAUAACAUGUAAACAAGCGACCUUUGCAUUGUUAAUAAGUCAUGAUAACAGAAGAGUGACAAUUAUAAUUUGAAAUUUUUAAGAUUAAUUGGAUUAUUUUGUUACUGUCUGUAGUGUUUUUUGUGGAGUACCAAAUAAAAAAAAUAAAGCAUUAUAUAUAUAUAUAGUUUUAUUUAAAAGGCUUUUUCUAUUCAGUGUUUUAUUGUUGAUGAAUAAAUUAUUUCUGGACAA